CAUGUGCGUAUAUUUCAUACGAGGUCUACCAUGGUUAGCCGGUUCAAGACACUUUUCACAACUGCCAAUGCCUACAUCGGUUGUUUCCUCCAGAGACGAAUGGACUGGGCGGGGAUAUAUCUUUCUGUCCGUUAGUUCCAUCCGGUUGGUCCUUGUUGUCGCGCAGGGUGUAGAAGUUCUCUUCUUUGUCGUCGUGUGUUCCUUAUCCAGGGCCAUUUGAG